UCACAGACACAUGUAUAUCACAAAUAUAUUCGCUUAAUUUCCUUAUUAAUUGCAAAUCGGUAAACAAAGGUCAAGAUCGAAACCAUUCCAUCGGUAGUCGUCGCCAGCAGCAGUACGGAACGAACACAAUGAACAUCAAACUGCUCUCCCUUGGACUAUUUUUAUUUGCCAUCUUCCUCGUUGGCAGUGAGGCACCAUUUGUAAAAAUGACAAAUGCCAAGUGCCUGUCGUACAACAAAUCGUGGGUGCAGUUUCACUACUGCCGCCUGAAGGCCUACUCCCGGAACAAGACCAGUCUAAAUGUGAAUGCCACAUUUUUAGAACCGGCAAACAACAUCCACCUACGACUUAAAUUGAUGAAGAGAGCCAAUGGCUAUAAGCCAUUUCUAUGGGACUACGAGUUUGAUGCCUGCGAGUUCAUGAGGAAACGAAAUCAACCGGUGGUCAAGAUGGUCUGGAACUUGAUCAAGGAUGUGUCCACAGUGAAUCACACGUGUCCCUAUGUGGGCUUGCAGACUGUGAGCGACUUCCACCGGAUUGAAGUACCUCUACCGAUGCCCUCUGGGGAAUAUCUUCUUCUGUUGAAUUGGACCUUCGAUGGCAAACCGCAGUUUGCAACAAAUGUUUACUUCAACUUUUUGGAGGACGUCUGGGUGAAGAGCAGAACUUGAACUGAUGAAUCGACAAUUAAUCGCGUAUGACCGGAAAUGAGGGAAUUACAAAAAAUGUUCAACCGUUUAAAUGGAUUGCCAAUUUAGCGAUCCAUUACUCUACGAUAACAUUCUGUAUAAUUUCCGUGGAUAUAAUAUUUGUUUAUAAA